AUGGCGUUGCAAGCAAUUCUGCUGAGUGCCUUUGCCACUUUGGGAGGUCUGGCAUGUGGGGCUGCAGGAUCAAGAGCUCUUCUACGAAGAGGUCCGAAAGUCUCGCGGCUACAACGAGCUUCGGGGGCAUUUUCGGCGCUGGUGCUGGUCAUUGUCGGAUUGAUUGGCCUGCUCUGGUGCUUCCUUUCGCCCCCGCCAUUUUCCAUCGAAGUUGAUGGUCCGCCAAGCUACCUUCGGAACGAUCCCACGCGCUCCGUCUACUUUGGAAAUGGUUGCUUCUGGCACACACAGUAUGACUUUGUCGUGCUGGAGCAACACCCUGCUGGCCCAUUUCGAAGAAAUGACACUGAAGUUACCAGCCUUGUGGGAUAUGCUGGAGGCCGUUUCCAGAGCCCCAGCGGUGCCGUGUGCUACCAUGGCUGGCCUGGAACGGACUACUCACGUUUAGGUCAUGCAGAGGCAGUAUCCAUAGAGUUGGACACUGCGACUGGUGAGCUGGCGCGCAAGCAGGUAGCGGCUUUGGCGAAGGACUACUUUGAGCACGGGUUUCAGAGCCUCCCAGAUGGACGGAGGCAGCGCCUGGAUCCACAGGAUGUUGGGGCAGAGUACCGCAACGUCAUUGGCCUUCCCGGCGGCAUGGACAAUCAGGAACUUUGGCCCCUCAUUGAGGCCGGCAACGCCUACGGAAUGCCCCUGCGGCGAGGAGCGAUCGGGGAUUCCGAAGGUGAGUUUGUGGUCUACGUUUACGAUUCAGUGCAGUAUCCCUUUUUCCGUGGUGAAGCUUCGCAUCAGUUUCAUCCGAACAGCGUGAUCCAGCGCCCGGUGCCGGCCUCCUACACCGGGGACUUGAAAGCCACCCAGGCACAGCUGGGCCGCAUUGCUGAAGACAGGGGCUGCACCGGGCUGCCCGUGGAGCUCUCCGCGCUGAUUGCGUUUGUGUGUGCUGCUGCAUGCUCCAUGGGGUUGAUGUUCUUGUACAGCAGCUUGUUUUCCGAGACGAAGGCCUUUGAAUGCAUCAGACCGCAGCGGGUAGCGUCCGCCCACGACGUCUCCCACGGCUCCCACGCGUAG